AUGGAUUCUCAUACUGGAACUUUUAAUGCUACUGAAAUUGAAAAAGUUUUGACUUUAAUUGGCCCAGAGAAAUUUGCAGCUGUAGUAUCAGAUGCUGAAUCAGCAAUGCAAAUGGCAAGAAGACUAAUUACUGAAAAUCAAACCAGUACAUGUUAUACCCCAAUACUAUCAGAUGUGGAAAUGACUACUGUUGAUCUAACUGUGACACCCGAAACUUCCCAGAAGAAAGAUAAACAAAAGGCGCGUGUUGCAGGAGAUAAACAAGUUAUACACCAAUCAUUUACGGCAAAUCCUGAGGCACAAACCCUGGACAAACAAAAUACCCUUUUUUGGGGGGCAAAAACUACCGCACCUGGGGUCACACAUAUACUGACUGGAUACAGAGAAGCCGAUGAUGAGCGAAAGCAAGUCAGAGACAUUAUUGUAUACGACAUUCUGUAUACCUGGGAUGUUGAAAAAAUCUUAGGAGAAUUAACGAUAUGCGGCAAAACUAUUAAGUUGUCAUUAAAAUGGCAACACAAAUAUUAG